AUGCAGUUAUUAUUUUCAUUCGCUUCAGCAGCGCUGAUUGCUAGUGCUGCGUCGCAGACGCUCAAAGAUGGUGUUGUGCAGCAAGCAUCCACCAAGACAGGGCAGGAAGGAGGCGCCAACAAAGAACAGGCAGAAUCCCUAACUUCCAAGGAGAAUUUCAUAAACUUUUGCGCCGGCAAAACCUUGACCAACGGGCUCCAGGUGCAAGCAGGCUCCUGCAAUGGUAUUCCUAUGGGGGAAAUCCCGGCUAAGGCCAAAAUGGUCUCCACCAUCAUCACUUUUCCCACCGCCGACAAGGCUGUAGAGGCACAAAAGACUUUUGACAUUAAAGUCAAGACCUCCAACUUGGUUGCCGGCUCUUUCACCAAUCCUGACAAGACUUAUUAUGCUGCGCCGCAACAACUCAAGAAUGGGCAGGUAGUUGGUCAUACUCACGUUACUGUGCAAACACUGGGCAAGGACAUGAACCCCACCCAACCACCUGACCCAUCCACGUUUGCUUUCUUCAAGGGUAUCAACAAUAAUGGAGAUGGAGCUGGUAACCUUGCCGCCACCGUCACUGGUGGCUUACCGGCUGGCUUCUACCGUAUCUGUACUUUGGGAUCUGCAUCUAACCAUCAGCCUUUACUUAUGCCCGUCGCGCAACGAGGUGCUCAAGAUGAUUGCACAAAGUUUGAAGUAAAGCAGGGCGCAGGCGGAGCUGGAGGUGGUGGUCAAGCUAAGGAUAACAAAGCUGCUGGACAAGAUAAAGCUGCUGGACAAGACAACAAAGCCGCUGGACAAGAUAAAAAGAAGGAUCAGGGACAAGAUAAAAAGGCUGAAGAUGGUAAGGAUGGUAAGGAUGGUAAGGAUGGCAAAAACGGUAAGCAAAAGAGAUUUACCCGCGUCUUCAUUUCAUAG